CUUCCUUAUAAUCCUUUACAAUGGUCUAUAAAGUAAAUACUUAGUUAUGCAAUUUAGUUUUACCGAAAUUAAAUACAAUAAUUUUUAAAAAAUAGAAAGAAGCAUUACUUAUCUUGUAAUUUUUAAUAGUAUAUCAAUUAAUUAAUUAUUAAUUAUUAAUAUUUGUCGCACGUUAUUUAGUCCUAUUGUAGGUGGGAGACUUUUUCUCUAUUAACUCAUCCUCUUUUGACCAUAUCUCUUCUCCCCUCUCUCCAACUUCUCCCAUCUCCCUCAAACGCCAUCUUCUUAUACUUCUUUUUGCAUCUUGUAUCUAUGAUUUUCUCUCAAACACCAUCUUUCUCCACAUCUUGUUUCGGAGAUUUGAGUCUAUAUCGUCUUGGUAUCGAUGGUUUUUGUUUUCUUAAUUUGAGUCCGUUUCGUAAUCUUAGGUUUUCUUAUUUAUUUUUUCACCAACCGAACGGAUGGUUUUGGUUUGUGUUUCUAUGAUCAGUUUUUAUUUCUUUGUUUUUGUUUUUCAUCUCGAGAUAGAUUUUCAAAAACUCAAAUCAAACCUGUACACUUCAAAGCUCUUCUAUAUUGAAGACUAGUUUUGCAUAUUUGUACGGUGGUGAUUUGGAAUUGGUGAUCGGUUGCAUGUAAUUGGUCCCUUAGAAUUGAAAUUGGAGAAAUUUAAAUUUAGUACCUAAAUUUCUCCAAUUUCAAUAUUAAGGCACCAAUUGGCUCAUAGGGCUCCAAAGACCAUAUACGAAGAUGCCAGCCAACAAAGAUAUAGCCAUGGCUCAAUGGCUCAGAAUUGGACCGAUUAGAAGUCCUUCAAGCUCAAUCCGAUUAAAAUUAAAUCAGUCUUGGCACACCCUCGAGCCCAAUCCGACAAAAAUAAAGGCACACCCUCAAGCUCAAUCCGAGAAAAAAUAAGGCACACCCUCGAGCUCAAUCCGAGAAAAAUAAAGUCAGUCCAGAUAUUGUUAGGGUUUAUACUGAGAGAAGGGAUAAUGGGGCUCUUCCUACGAAGCAGAAGGUAUUCUCAACUUCUCAUUUCUACAUCGACGAUGACGAUCUAUUAUGGCAGAAGAAUGAGCACCAAAGUAGCUUCAGCUGUCAUUUCUUCUCCAAUUCACGAUGGUAAAAGGAUUCUCAAGAUGCAUGAUGGGAUGUUGAAAUGGACUAAUUCACUUCAUGACGCUAUUUUUAACCGGCAUGAUGUAGUGCAGAUGGAGGUUUAUUUUAUGGAGACAGUAGAAAGGAAUCAAGGAUAGCCUACUAAAAUGGUAUUGGUCAUAAACAAUUUAACUGGUCCUUACCUUGGUUCUGUCCGGAAUCAUCACAUUUUCCAUGAGAUUUCUCUGUUCUGGAAGCACCUCUUUGUUGGAAAAAUGGCAACUGGAGUGCCAGAAACUCGUCCAGUUGUUGCUGACCGCAUAACUCAAUUUGCUGGUGGUUCUUGUCCAGGUGGAGUGCCAGAAACUUGUCCAGGUGGCAAUGAGGGGCGUGAAUAUUUUCUGAGGCGUAUUCUUAGCCGUGCUGUACGUUAUGGGAUGAGAGUCAAAAUUUUCAGUGGGCUCGUAAACAUUGUGGUGAAAGUGAUGGGUGAUGUUUUUCCAGAGCUGAAACAACAUGAAUUGCACACCAGGGAUACAAUUGAAGACAAGGAAGCAAGUUUUGGCAAGACCUUUCUUCAUACUUUAUAUUCUAGUCUCCAAUCAGCAAGAACUGUUCCCCCGCCGACAAUAGAAGCUUAUGAUCAAUAUUUGGAGCUCCUGGCUGCUCAUAAUCGUCGUCGUCGUUUUCGCCCUCCGUCAGUCAUUUAUUUUCACCACAUUUCUUUUGCUCGGGGUGGAUACUUGGCUAUGUUGAUAAAACUUGACCAAUUUGAUCCACGGGAUCGUUUUGAUAUCCCAUCCUCAGAAAGGGUGGGUAAGAAAUAUAUGACUGUCUCUGAUUUUAUGCAAUGGACUUCAAAGUUUCGUUCGGCCAUGGAUAUGUAUGGGAUUUUUGAUCAUUGUGGGAAAGAAGUUAUUAUAGUGGUUGGGUCUGCUGGAGAGCUGCAUUCACUUUUGACGAGUGAUAUACGGCUGUUGCCUUUUUCUCUUCCACCUCCAGGAUGGAAGUUUCUCAAUACAGAUGGAGCCUAUAGACAAGGGAAGGGGGCCGGGGGCUAUUGUUGUCGGGAUCACCUUGGUGAUGUAGAAUGGCAAUAUUGUUUCGAGAUAAACGAGCAUCAGAUGAGGUCUUUUGCAUGGGUCAGGGGAACAGAAGCUUUUGUAGCCGAAGCCCUUUGUGUCAUUGUGGGUUCACGGACUGCACUUCGUUAUGGAAUUAAAUGGUUAUUCGUCUACAACGACUGCCUGGAUUUGGUAGAAUUGGUCAAUAAGAAAAGAGAACCACGUGGCUGGGAGUGUUUACGCCCGUAUCGGGUUUUAGUCAGUAAAAUAAUUAGCGUGCAAUUGGCUUUCAAACCCGACGGCGAGAUGAUAUUGAGCCAUGUGAAUCGGGAGUUGAAUACCGUAGCGGAUUUUCUUGCUGGAGAAGCUAUCCGAGGGAGAACGAAUCAAUAUGAUCGAGAAGAGGUUAAGCGUCUCGCUGCUUUAGAUUUGGAGGAGGGAAGUCGAUGGAUGUUUAGACCUUUGUAACAAAACUUCUAGAUUACUUUUGUAGAAGUUUGUCUUGCCAGGCUUAAAUAGUUAGAAAUUUAAGGUUCUGAAAACUUCUGUCUAACAAAUUACUGUCAUAGUUUGAGCUCUGAUUAAUUACAGUAUUGCAGUAAUCACAUUGCCCCAUUGUGAACGUUAAGUUUGUAUGAAAUGACAAAUAUACCCCUCUAAUAUAAUCUGAAAUUUAAAUACAAAAUAAUUGUUAUUUUGCAGAUUACAAUUGUAACCUUGGGGAGGCAGCAAAACGACCAAAACACCCCUGACCCCUGAUCUUCUUCUUCCUCUUAAAAUUCCUCUUCACUCUCUC